UUCAAGUGCGAUAUGUGUCCAUCCACUUUUUCUCGAAACCACGAUCUAAAACGACAUAUUCGUAUUCAUCUAGGCAUUCGGCCCUACAAGUGCGAGCGCUGUGAUAAAAGCUUUACUCGUAUGGAUGCGCUACAUCGACACACUGCUGUUCGUGGCUGCAAAACGCUUGUCAGCAACUCAUCAUCAGCCUUUUCAUGUGCAACUAAUUCUACAAAUGCACCGACCUCAAAGUCUGACAGUCGCAAAUCUCGCUGA